GCGGGGAGCCCACAGCGCUGUCCCGCUAUCUACAAGGGAGGCUCCCGGCUCAACAGCCAGCGCCACCGUUACUCAGGGUGGGGGGCCCGGAGCGGCCGCGGGGCGUUCUGGCCAGCGCCUUUGGCGUCCCCACCUCCCGCUGCUUCUCUUCAGGGUCCAGGGGUCCUGGACUGCCCCCCGAGCUUCGGCAGCGGUGCAUCCGUGCUGGCCCGGUGCUCCAAGCGGCUGCUUUCCACGCGCCCCUCCGGACGGCCCGCGGCUCUGGGCUGCACUCCAGGGCAUUUCUGGCCGAGGCGUCGGGGGGAGGGUCCCUCGUGGGGACCGUGACCGUGGCGGCGACGGGGCACCCCGCAGCAGGGUUCCUGGAGCCAGGGAACUAGUGGGUCCCGGGGGCGGAGAGCUUGGCUAGCCGGGGGCGGGCCGGGGGUAGGGGCGGGAGGCGGCUCCGGGGCCCCCGUGCCAUUGGCCGCAGGGCCCGGCGGCAGGAAGGGGCCAGGGAGCGCGGCCCCACCCCGCGGCCGGCGGAGCCUAUCGCCGGGAGCGCGGAGCGCGGAUAAAUGUAGCACGGCGGCGGGGAGCGGCAGCUCUCGGAGGGGCGGCAGCGCACGGAGCCAUGCAGUACCCGCACCCUGGGCCGGCGGCCGCGGCGCCCCUGUACGCGCCCACGCCGCUGCUGCAGCCCGCGCACCCCACGCCCUUCUACAUCGAGGACAUCCUCGGCCGGGCGCCCGCCGCACCCACGCCCACCCCCACGCUGCCUUCCCCUAACUCGUCCUUCACCAGCCUCGUGUCCUCCUACCGGACUCCGGUGUACGAGCCCACGCCGAUCCACCCCGCCUUCUCCCACCACUCCGCUGCCGCGCUGGCAGCCGCCUACAGCCCCGGCAGUUUCGGGGGCCCUCUGUACCCCUUCCCGCGGACGGUGAACGACUACACGCACGCCUUGCUCCGGCACGACCCCCUGGGCAAACCCUUACUCUGGAGCCCCUUCCUGCAGAGGCCUCUGCAUAAACGGAAAGGCGGCCAGGUGAGGUUCUCCAACGACCAGACCAUCGAGCUGGAGAAGAAAUUCGAGACCCAGAAGUACCUCUCCCCUCCCGAGAGGAAGCGGUUGGCCAAGAUGCUGCAGCUCAGCGAGAGACAGGUCAAAACCUGGUUUCAGAAUCGACGCGCAAAAUGGAGAAGACUAAAACAGGAGAACCCCCAAAGCAACAAAAAAGAACAGGACAACGUGGACAGCCCCUGUGAGCAGCGGCCAGAACUGCCCGGGGAGCAGAACAAAGGUGCUUCUUUGGAGAGCUCCCAGUGUUCGCCCUCCGUGGCCUCCCAGGAAGACCUUGAAUCGGAGAUUUCCGAGGAUUCUGAUCAGGAAGUGGACAUUGAGGGUGAUAAGGGGUAUUUUAAUGCUGGAUGAUCACCAUGGCAUUGGCUCGAAGGAAAGCUGGACUUGGGAAUAAACGUUUUGCAACAGAAAAUCUUCACAGAAGAACUGGAAAGCUUGUAUAAGAAAGGGAAUCAAUGUUCUGGCCUCCUGGAAACCUUAAACUCUGUGGUGCACUGGUUAAUUAACAAACCUCCAUGGAAACCUUAAUUUUGACUCAGCAGAUGGUUGGUAUUUUAGGUUGUUUUGGUGAAGUGACUUUUAUUGAUUGAAUUCAGCCCCUUUAAAUUGUUAUUUCUAUUUAUAAACGGUAGUUUCUGAAGGUUUUUGUUAAACGUUUUAAGUUAUAACGUCCAGGUUUUAAUGGCUUCUCUGGAAUCUGUACGUACUCCUACACAGUGGAAAAGAGAGGAACCCCAAACCCAGAGGUGUGUUUUGGGCAAGGGAACCACACUUCAGGCAGACGCUGAAUGUUUUAAAAGGGAACAUUCUUUUAUAUGACAUUCUCAUCUGACGUCUUAAAUCUGGAGCCAUUUUAGAGCUUUGGUCUCCAGGAUGUGUGUCCUUUUUUUGUCACUUAAGAUUCUUACAUGGUUCUUUUGCGCUGUCACCACCUGUUUGGCCACGGUGUUAAAGGACAGUACGGUGCAGCGCGCAGACAGCGAAACUGACUUCUUGGUGAUGAAAUUAAUUGCAGGUGAGCUACAAAUCGCAGGUUGAUUAAAUGUACGUAGAUUGUAGAUACUGUGUUUUAUAUCAAGCAAUGUCUAUAGCGUGUAUAUAGAGUUGUUUCCUGUAAAAAAAAAAGUGUCCAAAAUGGUGUGUUUUUUUUUUUAAUGAAUAAUAUCUACGAAAUAAAUGCGUCCCUAGGACGACUGACCUCGGCA